GAAAGGUUCGAUCUGCGCGUGCGCGAGGAGGCGAGGCUGUCCUGGGUCAGAGUUCCCAGUUGGAGAUCUGCCGCCGCUGCUGCGCCCAAGGGUCAAUAUCUGCCAGGUUGAGAAGCGAAGCUAAGAGUUGGGGCGAUGGCGAAGGUGAAUGCUAGCGGCGACAGCAAGCCUGGAAAGGAGCCGUGGCGGGGUUGCUAUUAUACCCUCGAAGAGAUCCAGAAGCACAAUCACAGCCAAAGCACCUGGAUCAUCCUGCACCACCGUGUGUAUGACCUCACAAAGUUUCUGGAGGAGCACCCAGGUGGUGAAGAGGUUCUAAGGGAGCAAGCGGGAGGAGAUGCUACAGAAAGUUUUGAAGAUGUUGGCCAUUCCACAGAUGCCAGGACGUUGUCGGAUACAUUCAUUAUAGGAGAACUUCAUCCAGAUGACUGGAAAAAAGUUCAGAAACCAACGGAACCUUACAUUACCACCCUUGAUUCUAAUUCCAGCACAUGGUCCAACUGGGUGAUUCCAGCUAUAGCAGCAAUUAUUGUGGCCCUUAUGUACCGUUUCUACAUGAUGGAGUAAUCAACAUAUUGAGAAGCUAUAAUGGAACAGACUGUUUUGGGAAAGAGAACCAAAAAAUGCAUCUGAACCUUCACAUCAAGACAGUAUCUGAGAACAACUUUCAAAUUCCAUCCUACUCUUUCCCAGAAAGCCAAAAUAGGUUGCUUCAGCAAUGCACUUUUUAACUCUGCCUUUUACGUAACUGUUUUUAAGUGCUAAAAAUUCAGAGGUCUCUUUUAUAUCAUAAUGUUCAUCAAUUAACUAUCUGAUAUUAUCACAACAUUUCUUAAGAAUAAGACCACUGAUUUUAUCUAUGUUAUCAGUAUGAUACAAGGACACUAAUGCUUAAGGCUUGUCUGGGUUUUCUAUGAGUUGUUUGGACUUCUUUUGCUAAAAACAUUAGCAGAGGUUGUGUCUAUGCAAAUUCCUUCCUUUUUUUUUUGCCUUCAUUUAGAAUUUUCUAAUGCAAGGACCCGCUUUCCAUCAGUUUCAUAGGUAUAAUUUGUAUAUUUUCUCCCCCCCAAAAAGUCAUAGUAAGCUUUUGGUAUGGAAAUGAGACUUAAGGCAUAUGUAUAUUUUUUCAAUUUAAAACACUGUAUUUUCCCAUGUGUAAGACGAGUUGUUUUUAUUUUUUAAAAAUGCUUAAAUAUGGGGGUCGUCUAAUACACAGAUAAUUCAGAUGUUGGAUGGACAAUUGGUGACUGCUGCAAGGUCUGCUGGCAAUUGGCUGCUGCGGCAGUUGGGCGUGCAACUGGCGGACAGACGAUUGUUGGCUUUGUUGAUGUGUGCAAUUGUCAGGCGGGUCAACAACUCUGGGCAAUCUCCCCCCAUUUCCUCAAUUUGGAGUCCCCCAAAAUAGGGGUCAUGUUAUACACGGAAAAAUUACGGUAUUUCCAUGGCUCCAAAGAUUCCACUAGGUAGCAUGGCCAGUUCCAGCCCCACAAUCAGCAGCCCUUCAAACUUGAUUCAAAAUGUUAACAGAACAAUUCAGACCAGUUCUCUUCUCCACCCCAACCCCCCAAAAACUGUGUGAAAGUGUCUUCUGCUUGCAAAGUGGCAUCUCUGGAUCAAAGCUCCUGUCCUAUGAUGACUAGGUGAUAAAAUAUAUUGGGCUGUACUAAAUGCUGCUGAUCGGCAACAGAUUUCCACUCACACAAUGGAACUUUCCCCUCUGCUGUCCCUUGCAGCCCCCUGUGCACCCUCAAAAUUUGCUCCAUGGAGUUGGCGGACCCUGCAGAGCAAAUUUUAAGGAUUCACGAAAGGGAAAUCCUGUUGUAGGAGUAAAACUCCACGUGCAGCAUUGGAGGCAACCCAUUGCAUGGCCUACCUGGAAUUUUGUUAAAGGAGCAAGAGAGGGAGAAAAAAUCCAGGGAGGAAUUCCACAUAGCUUGUCUGAAGGAAUGAUCUACUCUUUCCUCCCCCUACCCCGCGCUGUUUCGGAGGGGCAAUGCAAAUUGGGGUGGGGGUGGGGAGCCCCGUUGUGCUUGCGGAAGUCCUUGCAUGGGUUACCACUGGUUAGAUUAGUUAGUUGAAUGUGGGCCCUGUCUUUGAUUUUCCACUGCCUGUGUAAAUUUCUUAAGUCUAAAUGAAAUAGUAGAGCUAUUUUAAUCAGAAUCCACGUAAUUGUGCAACUCUUAAUCAUCUUGCUUAAUUAUCCUUAAUUAACUUGAUACCUGUCUCUGAUUUCUGUGUGAUUUCCAUGUCCUGCGAAAUAUAAGUUAAAACAUAUGUGACCUGCCUGUGCCUGUUUAUUUUGAUGAAAUAAGGGUAGUUUGCAUCAUGUGCCCAUUUUUGUUUUUCUUACCUGCGUGUAUGUCACUUGCUAACAACAUUUGCAUUGGUCACAUGGAAGAUACUCCGGAAUAAACUAAAAUGUUUACUUUUU